AUGCACAUUCGCCGUUACCUCGGGAGAAUUCCUCGGAUAUGUUGUGACCCAACGCGGGAUAGAGGCAAACCCGAAGCAGAUCUCGGCGAUCCUCGACCUCCCAUCGCCGACAUCCUCCAAAGAAAUCCAAAGACUCACCGGACGUAUCGCCGCAUUGAACAGAUUCAUCUCGCGCUCAACCGACAAUGUCUCCCCUUCUACCAAUUGCUUCGAUCAAACAAGAAGUUCGAGUGGGACAAAAAAUGCGAAGACGCUUUCAAACAAUUGAAAGAGUAUCUCACUACCCCACCAAUUCUCGCAAAACCCGAAGAAGGCGAGACCCUACUCUUAUAUAUCGCAAUAUCAAGCACGGCGGUAAGCGGAGUCCUCGUCCGAGAAGAUCGAGGAGAGCAGCAGCCAGUCUUCUAUGUCAGCAAAACCCUCAAUGAUGCCGAGACGCGAUACCCAACCCUAGAAAAACUGGCGCUCGCAGUAGUCAUAUCGGCACGAAAACUCAGGCCAUACUUUCAAUCACACUCCAUCGUCGUCUUUACCAGCCAACCACUACGCCAAAUCCUUCACGGCCCCAACCAAUCCGGAAGAAUGGCAAGAUGGGCAAUCGAACUAUCGGAAUACGAUAUUGAGUUCAAAAGCCGGACGAGCGCCAAGUCACAAGUCUAG